UUGAAACGUGCCUAGAACCCGCUGGUUUGUUGUGUUGUGAACCGCGCAGGAACAGAGGAAUCCCGACUGACCUUCCGUAUCUUGUGUUUCCGAUGCCGCCAAAGAAGAGUACCGCGGAUGCAUUGCAGAUACCUACCAGCUCGGUAACGGCUGGCAAAAGGAGUGGUGUUGCUGCACGGUUGAGGGCGUACCGGGAAGAUUUCAAACAGGAUGAGCCGCCACUGCCAAAGUUAACCAAAACCGUAGCCUUCAAACCCUCGAAAGGAACACCAGCAAUAGCACCAAAAGCGGCAGCAGCAGCAGCGACUACGUUUCGUAAGAAAGAUCCCUUCAGUGCAUCGUUGGCCACUAAAAAACGAAACUCUGCUCAAGAACGCCUCAACCGGCUCUGUGAGGAUCUGAAAGAGGAUGUAGAACUACAAAAGAGUGGAAAGAAAUCUACAGUCAGCAAGAACCAACAGUCAAUCAAUCAAACUAGUAAAGCUUCUUCCUCAAGCAAGUCGCUCCAGUUACUCAAAAAAUAUGCUGCCCCGGAUACCGGAUUCUCCUCGCCCGACAGUUCCCUGGCGGAACCGGAGCAGAUGGAGUGGCAAUCGCUGAUGGAGUUAACGGCAGCCGAGCCACAGCGUAGAACAGCCAGCGACGGGAAGAACUUGCCGACCACAAGCAACCGACUGGAUACUGACUACAUGGAAUGUGCAGCCUCGUUUGCCAACUAUCGUUUCCUCAUCGUUGAUACGUCCAUUUACCUGGAUCAUAUCGAAGGGAUCAUAGACAUGUUUAGUGACCCGGUACCAGCAAAUAAACCUCAACCAAUACUAGUCGUACCGUACAAGGUGUUACAACAGCUGGAGUCUGCAGCACACGAUUUCCCGGACAAGAAGAAAGCGAUCAUUCGGACGAACCGGUUCCUCUGUACGAUGCUCGAAAAGAGUGAUAAGAGGUUUCGAGGCCAGCGACUGACAGACGAUGCCUGUGAGCUGUUUGAGCAGGACUCGGCGAGCGAUUCCAUCAUCAACUGUGCCCUGCAGGUGCAGAGUGUGGCCGGUGACCGGCUAGUGGUCGUGACGGACGAUUGCUGUUUGCUAACCAAAGCAUUAGUAUCGGAGCUGGAGGCUUGUGAUUGGAGGAACUUUUAUCAACAGUACUCGUCGUCCUGAUCGCUCUCGUUGCUAAUCGUAAUCAAGUCCGAUGCCUUACACCUUUAUAAUAGUAGUAUAGUUGAAAAAAAUAAUAAAAAAAACUGCCUUGACGAUGAAGCGAUA